AUGGCACAACCAUUUAUAACGGAUGAAUUGAAUAAAUUACAGAAGGAAAUUGCUGCCAAAAAUCCUAAUGAUAUCUUACAAUUCUGUGCCAACUAUUUUAAUACAAAAUUACAAAGUCAAAGAUCACAAUUAUGGUUACAACAAGCUAAGGCUAAAGAUGCUGGAAUUGAUUUAUUCCCUAAUACUGGAAAUGGUGAUGUAAGGCAACCAAGUUUUAAAUCUCCUUUUGGUGUUAAUGAUCCUCAUCUGAUUCAUAGUGAUGAUCCUCAUGGUCCAAUUGCAGAAGAAAAUGAAGAUGAACCUGCUGUUGCAUCAAAAGGUGGCAUAUUCAAAAAUGAUUUUGAUGUUAAAACUCCUUCAAGUUCAUCUCAAGUUCAAGAUUUAGAUCCAAAUGAUCCAUCAGCUAUUACUUCUAAACAGCCAUCUACAACUUCAUCAACCACAGCUGCCCCUAAAUUCCCCCUUCCAUCUAACAAAAUCCCUAUUGCGUUUAAUGCUAAUAGAAGAGUUUCUGUAUCUGCUGAAGCUUUAAAUCCUGAUAAAUUCAAAUCUGAAUCUUGGAAACCUCCUGUUAACAAUUUAAGUUCAACUCAAAAGGCUGCUUUAUCAAAGAGUUUAGCAUCAAAUUUCCUCUUUAAACAACUAGAUGAUAGUUCAAAAAAGAUAGUAAUUGCUGCUUUAUCAAGUAAAUCAUUUGUUAAAGAUACUGAAAUCAUUAAACAAGGUGAUGAAGGUGAUUUCUUUUAUAUUAUUGAAUCUGGUACUGUUGAUUUUUAUGUUGAUGGUUCUAAAGUUAAUACUAGUCAUGAAGGCUCUUCAUUUGGUGAAUUAGCUUUAAUGUAUAAUUCUCCAAGAGCUGCUACUGCCAUUGCUGCAACUGAUGUAUCAUGUUGGGCAUUGGAUCGUUUAACUUUCCGUCGUAUCUUAUUAGAGGGUACAUUUAACAGAAGAUUGAUGUAUGAAGACUUUUUAAAGGAUGUUGAAGUUCUUAAAGCUUUAUCUCAUCAAGAAAGAUCUAAAUUGGCUGAUGCUUUAAGUACUGAAAUUUAUCAUAAAGGUGAUAAAAUAGUUACCGAAGGAGAACAAGGUGAAAACUUUUAUCUUAUUGAAAGUGGAAGUUGUCAAGUUCAUAAUACUAAAAAUGGUAAUAUUAAGAAAUUAUCAAAGGGAGAUUACUUUGGUGAAAUUGCAUUAUUAAAUGAUUUACCUAGACAAGCUACAGUUGAAGCUUUAGAUACUGUAGUGGUUGCAACAUUAGGUAAAUCUGGAUUCCAAAGAUUAUUGGGUCCUGCAGUUGAUGUUUUAAAACAACAAGAUCCUACCAAAGGUGGAUCAACCGUUGCUGUUAAGUAA